AUGGAAAUUCUUGAAGCGCAUUGUGAGCCAGAAGACUUGCGACUCGCGCGCGACUCCUACCUUCAACAAUGUUCGCGUGGCGCUCCAAGCGACGACGCAAUCGUCAGCUACUCCUUCGCUCUAAUCAAUUCCAGCGACAAAAAUGAGAUUCGCAAAGGAAUCGCGGGUUUCGAAAAACUUUUGCGUCAAGGAGAUUCGCCGGGAAAACGACGUGAAUAUGUCUAUUUCCUCUCUUUGGGAUACGCGCGAAUCGGCGAAUUUGAUAUGGCGAUGCGAUUCGCGGACGCGUUAAUUGCGGCGGAGCCGGAGAAUGUGCAGGCGAAACGAUUGAGAGAGGCGAUUGCGAAGAAGGCGAGAAGAAAUGGUGUGAUUGGUGCGGCGAUUUUUGGUGGUGGUGUUGCGGUUGCAGCGGCGGGUGUUUUGACGAUUUUGGCGCUGGUUAAGAAAUAA